AUGUACACUCCAAGACAAAAAAUUCUGUGGUUCGCGUUCAGUUCCAGGGUUUUUAUAUUGUUUCUUCAAGCUGUUACAAACGCUCUUGUACCGGACCAUGAUGCGAAUGUGUUUAUUAGUCCAGAAGAUCCAACACUGCGUAAAACUAAAGGUGAUGUGAUUGUUGAUAUCAUUUUAGGUGGUAUCAAAAGAUGGGACGCUCAAUAUUUUAUACAUAUAGCACAAUAUGGAUAUACAUAUGAAAAUUGUUUGGCAUUUUCUCCUUUGUUUCCAUUAAUUGUAAGAUAUGUUGCUUAUAUUUUAAAUAGUAUUUUAGGUUCCUUUCUAAAUUUUCAUAGUGUUUUAUUAAUUUCAGCAACUCUUGUUAAUUUAUUAAUUUUUAUCAAAUCCGCUGAUGUGCUACAUCGCUUAAGUAUAAGGAUACUUAGAAGUGAAUGUAGGGCAUAUAAAUCUGUUAUUUUAUAUUGUGUUAAUCCAGCAAGUAUAUUUUUUUCAGCACCUUACUCAGAGUCUUUGUUUGCAUUGAUGUCUUUUUACGUGAUGUACAAAUGUACAGAAAAUGAAACUUUGAGGUUUGCUAGUAUAGACAUUACAAGUUCAUUACCAGCUGCUUUCUCCAUGAUAAGUCGGUCUAAUGGCAUUGUUAAUUUAGGGUUCAUCUUGUACGCUAGCUUUAAGAAUGUAAUAGAAAGAACAUUACCAGAAAUUGUGUACAAAUAUAAAACCAUAAAGCAUAGAUUAAUUUUACCAUUCUUGCUACUGCCACUUUUUACAUCUUGUGUUGCAUUGUUUUUGACUGUAGUUGUGGCACUCAUACCAUAUGUUAUGGUACAAACUUAUAAUUACUUUAAAUUUUGUAUUCAUAGUGACCAUAACUUACCAGAAUUCUUGACUAGUACAGAAUAUUUAUUACCAGGUACUGCAGAAAGUCCAUGGUGUAACAGUUCAUUACCUAUGUCUUAUUCAUACAUUCAGAGUCACUACUGGGAUGUAGGUUUCUUAAAAUAUUAUAAAAUAAAACAAAUACCAAACUUCAUUCUUGCCUCACCAAUAAUUUUUGUUAUUUUGUAUCAUUGUUUGUCAUAUAUAAAAAACAAUUUGAGACUGUGUUGUCGACUUGGACUAAAAGAUAAUAUCAAUGAUCCUGUUUUAUUUGUGUAUAUUGUACAUGUAUUAUUUUUAUGUAUUUUUUGUAUAUUAUAUGUUCACAUACAAGUUUCAACCCGACUUCUAGCCUCUGCUAGCCCUGUUCUGUACUGGAUAUGCUCAAGUAAAAUGAAUGUAGGUCCUAUGCCAACAUCAGAUCAAAACACAAUAAAUGAACAUUUUCGCCGUAUAGGUAUAGGAAAGAGAAUACCAUCUCACCAUUUGUCAAUAGCUAAUUUAGAAGGUGUUGAAAAUAUGUAUAGCAAAUGGAAAACUUUUAUAAUUUCUAGGAGGAUGCCUGAUUUUACAUCUAUACUAAUACAAUAUCAUACGAAUUCUAGUCAUAUGUUGCUCUAG